AUGGCCGAUGCCAGGGUCCGUGUUCCUCAGGAGCCCAGGAAAGGCAGCGGAGUGGUAGAUGAGCGGGUUGAUUUCCUCCGGGAGCAGGCCUUCACCUGCCUCCGCCUGAAGACUGACAAAUGGAACCGCUUCAUCGGCUCCGAGGAGAACCAGAAGGUUCUGCUGGACUUCCUGGAUAAAGGUAGCUGUGAGCUCCUGGUGCUGUUCAGCGGACCCGGGGGGACUCUGCAUGCGGCAGACGGGCAGGUGCUGGUGUCGGUGCUGGUGGACGGCAGGGCUCAGGGCACUUGGCCACGGGGGCUCUCUGAGGACAUCUGCAGGCACAUGGAGCAGCUGAAGAGCCAGCUGGUCACCCUGCAGGGCCGGGCCCAGGGCCGGACGCUACUGCCCCUGCCCCUGUGUGUGGAGAGGGCCCAGCUCCCGGACUCUGCUGGAUGGUCGGUCGACCGCUCCAUGCUGUACGCCAUGGAGACCAUGGUCAUUCAUUGGACCCACCAGAUCUGGGACGUCCUGCAGAAGGACUCCAGCCGAGCCCUGCUGCAGGGGGAACACCCUGGGCCCAGUGCCGAACUCGUCUUCUGGGUCAUGCAGAGGGACAACCUGCUGGGCAUUCAAAGACAGAUCCAGAAUCCCAAAGUGGAAAAGAUUGUGGAGAUUCUGAAGGAGAUUAAGAGCAGCUACUACUCAAGCUUCAGGGACAUCAUUCUGAAAGUGAACCAAGCGGUCCUGGAGGCAGUGGACAUCGAGCUGCACCUGCGUCCGCUGAAGAAGCACAUCGCCCGUCUGGAGGAGCAGAGCUUAGUCCACAUGGAGCCGCUGAUCGCUCCUCUCUUCCACACGCUGUGCCUGAUCUGGAGCCGCUCCCAAUACUACUGCGCCCCGGGACGCCUGGUGGUGCUGUUGCAGGAGUUCUGCAACCUGCUGAUUGAAAAGGCUUUCGCGUACCUGAUUCCUGAGGAGCUGUUUAAGAUGGAGUUGGAGGAGGGGCUGGAGCGUGUCCAGAAGACCAUCCACGUCAUCAGGAGCUUCAAGCGGAGCUUCCAGCAGCACAGGGAGAAGAUCCGUCAGUACUACAGGGGCAGCCAGGAGGUCAAGCCCUGGGACUUCCCCUCAGACUUGGUGUUCCACAGGACUGACUGCAUCCUGCAGAGGCUGCUCAUGAUCGAGGAGCUGUUCGUGUCUGCCCUGGACUUCCUUAAGCUGGAGAAGAUUGAGCUGGGAGGGUGUCGGGGGAAGAUCCUGAGUGAUGUGGUGUAUAGUUUGAACGAGGAGUUCCAUGACAGCUGGAGGAACCUCAGAGAGCGCAAGUACGACCCGCUGGACUACACCAAACAGGACUUCCUCUGUGAUUACACCCAUUUCAUGGAGCAAAACAAGGACUUCGAUCAGCGUCUGGGCACAGUGCUAAACCUCGCCUUUCAGCAUUGCAGAGGACUUGAGUCUGCCUUUAAGCUCUUACAGAUGUUCUGCACUUUUCUGGAGAGGCCGAGAAUCAGCAGCCUUUUCGCCCCAAACUACACCGUCCUGUUGAAUAUGUGUGAGGACGAGCUUAACUGCUGUCAGCAGGUCCUUGACCAUCAGAGAGUGAAAAUGCAGAGUGGCUGUGCCGCCCUGGGGAAGAACAUGCCAGUGGCAGCAGGAAGCCUGAUGUGGGCCCAGGAGCUGCGGGCUCGAAUCCUGGCCAGCCGAAGCAGCCUGAACCAUCUGACCCUCAUACCCCUAGGAAGCGCUGAAGCCGUACAGGUGCUGAAGCAGUGUGAGAGGAUUCUGGAGGCACUGGAUCAGCAUGACGAGGAGGUGUUCGCUUCCUGGAGCCAGGGUCUGGAUCAGCUCUGCCGCACCCACCUUCAGGAGCCCCUACUCACCCUCCACCAGGACACUGGCCUGGUCCGACUCAACUUUCACCCCAAUCUGACGUCUGUUCUGAGGGAGGUGAAGUAUCUUGACAUGCUGAAACACCAGAAUAUACCCAGAGCUGCCCUCGACCUGUACUCCAGAAAGGAGACUCUCUACAUGUACACGCAGACCCUGUUCCUGAUAACCCAGUGGUGCAACAGGCUGCGGAGCAGCUUGCUGGAGGUGGAGCUGGGGCUGGUGGGGGGUGAGAUGGAGGGCGUGCGCAGGCAGCUGCGGCCUGCGCUGGAGAGCCUGACCUGGGGCCAGGACAGCCUGUGGGACUACAUCGCGGAGACGCGGGACCUGGUGCGCGGCGUGGACGGCCGGGUGCAGAGGAGCAAGCGCAACGUGGAGGCCGUGCAGGAGCUCCUGAGGGGCUUCAGCCAGCAGGCCUUCAUCACCCGGAAGAGCGGGCGUGUCGGCGGGCGUGUCGGCGGCCUGCUCGACGUCGCCGGGCUGGAGGAGUGCGUCCGCUCCAAGUACGCCCUCAUCGCUGCCACCGGGGAGAAGAUCCACCGGCUGGUCCAGGAGAACCGGACGCUGCUUGGUGCCGAAGUGGACUCGCCCCAGUGGAUGGCCUACACGCAGUACGUGGAUGCGAUGGUGCUGCAGGGCUUCGUCAGCGCGACCCGCUGCUCCCUGCAGUACCUGAUAGAGAACAUGGACCCGGCUCUGAGAACCGCGCCCCUGUUUGAGGUGCAGCUGACGCUCAGCGGCAGUGACAUGUCCUUCAGGCCUCCGCUGGACAACAACCGAAAGGACAACUUCUACAGCUUGAUCGACAAGAUGGUGGACAGGAUCUUUAAAACGGCCUCUCAUAUGCAGAGAGUGGCUAUACACAACGGACGGGAAACGUAUCAGCCGGACGUUGACGAGCUGGCGGAGCUGGCGGAGCAGGCGCAGGUGAUCCGGAGCCGGGCGCGCGUUGCCAUCGGCCAGGCCCGUGAGUUCCAGAGCAGCUUCAGCAGCUACCGCUACCUGUGGACGGACGACCGCGGCGAGUUCCUGGCCCAGUUCCUGCUGUACGGCCACGUGCUGAGCCCCGAGGAGGCCGAGCUCUACGCAGACUACGAGCUCACCAAGAACCCGCCCAAGCUCGUCAACUUCAAGGAGCAGAUCAGCAUGUUUGAGUCGCUGUACAAAAAAGUAAGCAGGUUUGAAGAAAAGAAGAUUUUCUGUGGCUGGUGCCAAGUUAACAUCAAACCCUUCAAGGUCUCUCUGAUGAAUGUGAUUAAGAAGUGGAGUUGGAUGUUCAAAGAGCACCUGAUUAAUCAUGUCAAUAACAGCGUGCAAGACCUGGCGACCUUCGUCCAGGACACACACAGGGGACUGUCCAAAAAGGUGAAGGCCGGGGAUUACGCUGGCCUGGUGGACAUCAUGGGGCAUUUGAUGGCCAUUCGGGACAGACAGAUCACCACCGACCAGCACUUUAAACCCCUCAAGUCCACUGCAGAGCUUCUCAAAACCUAUGGCCAGCAGAUUCCAGAGCAGGUCCACUCUCAGCUGGAGGAGCUUCCUGAGAGGUGGAAGACCCUGAAGAAAGUGGCUUUCACCGUGAAGCAUGAGGUGGCCCCUCUGCAGUCCAACGAGGUGUCAGUCAUCCGGAGGAAGUGUGUGCGCUUUGAGAUAAAGCAAUAUGAGUUCAGGGAACAGUUUCGCACAGAAAACAUCUUUCAAAUGAAUGUGGACGAUCCCUAUAAGCACAUAGACAAGACUAACAGGGCUGUGGAGCAGUUGGAGUCAGAGAUGCGGAAGCUGCAGGAGACGGCUGAUCUGUUCGAGGUCAGCUUCCCUGAUUACAAGCAGCUGCGCCAGUGCCGCUCUGACAUCAUCCUGCUCAAGGCCAUGUGGGACAUGGUCAUAUUCGUCAAGACCAGCAUUGAAGACUGGACAAAAACCAGAUGGAAAGAAAUUAAUGUUGAGCUAAUGGAUAUGGAAUUACGAAGAUUUGCUAAGGAGAUGAAGACCUUGGACAAAGAGGUGCGUGUGUGGCACGUGUACACUGGCCUGGAGGCCACGGUGAAGAACAUGCUGACCUCACUGAGGGCCGUGAAUGAGCUGCAGAACCUCGCUGUCCGGGAGAGACACUGGCUGCAGCUCAUGAACACCACCGGGGUGAGCUUCGUCAUGGACCAGGACACCACCCUGGGAGCCCUGCUGGCACUGCAGCUGCACCGCGUCGAGGAGGAGGUGAAGAACAUCGUGGAUAAGGCUGUGAAGGAGAUGGCCAUCGAGAAGGUGCUAACAGAGAUGAACCAGACAUGGAGCCAGAUGAUGUUUUCUUAUGAGACACAUCAGAGCACAGGCACUCCUCUGCUCAAGUCUGACCAGAUCUUGAUAGAAACCUUAGAGGACAAUCAGGUGCAGCUGCAGAACAUCCUCAUGAGCAAGUACGUGGAGUACUUCCUGGUGCAGGUGAGCACCUGGCAGAGGAAGCUGAUGGUGGCCGACCUGGUCAUCUCCACCUGGAUGAGUGUGCAGCGCACCUGGGCGCACCUGCAGAGCAUCUUCACCAACUCCGAGGACAUCCGGAACCAGCUGGCCCAGGACGCAAUGCGCUUCCAGAGCAUCCACCUGGACUUCCGGACUCUAAUGGAAACAGUUGUGCAAACCAGAAAUGUGAUCGAUGUCACAAAUCUCACAGGGUUUUUGGAGAAGUUGGAAGCCCUGCAGCAAAGGUUGUCCGUGUGUGAGAAGGCCUUGGCGGAGUAUCUGGAGACGAAGAGACUGUCAUUCCCUCGUUUUUACUUCGUCUCAGCCACAGAUUUACUAGAAAUAAUUUCCAAAGGAACCCAGCCUACACAGGUCACCAGGCAUCUGCUGAAGCUGUUUGACAACCUGGCGGAUCUGAAGUUCAGUGAGACGGAGCUGGAGGGAGCAGGGAAGGAGCUGGAGGGGCAGAGGGCGGUGGCACUGGGCAUGUUCAGCCGGGAGGGGGAGUAUGUGCCAUUCUCUGAGCCCUGUGUCUGUGAGGGACAGGCUGAGUGUUGGCUUGGUGCGCUAGAGGCUGCCAUGCGGUGCACAGUACAGCGGGAGAUCAUGGAGGCCGUGGUGGCGUACGAGGACAAGCCCCGGGACCAGUGGCUCCUGGAUUUCCCUGCCCAGGUGGCACUCACUGGCAGCCAGAUCUGGUGGGCCACGGAUGUGGGUAUCACCUUCCAAAGGGUGGAGGAGGGCUUUGAUACCGCUCUCAAAGACUACAACCGUAAACAGAUCACGCAGCUAAAUGCACUCAUAAACCUGCUGCUGGGAGAACUGUCCCCUGGGGACCGGCAGAAGAUCAUGACUAUCUGCACCAUCGAUGUCCACGCCCGAGAUGUGGUCGCCAAGCUCAUUGCUCAGAAGGUGACCAAUGCGCAGGCCUUCGCCUGGCUGUCUCAGCUCCGGCACCGCUGGGAUGAGGAUCAGAGACACUGCUACGUGAACAUCUGUGACGCCCAAUUCCAGUUCUCCUAUGAGUACCUGGGGAACACACACAGGCUGGUCAUUACGCCACUCACUGACAGGUGCUACAUCACGCUGACCCAGUCCCUCCAUCUCACCAUGAGUGGGGCACCUUCAGGUCCUGCAGGCACGGGGAAGACCGAGACCACCAAGGACCUCGGGCGCUCCCUGGGCAUCAUGGUCUAUGUGUUCAACUGCUCAGAGCAGAUGGACUACAAGUCGAUUGGGAACAUCUAUAAAGGCCUUGCGCAGACUGGAGUGUGGGGAUGCUUCGAUGAGUUUAACCGCAUCUCUGUUGAGGUGCUGUCAGUGGUGGCUGUACAGGUCAAAACCAUUCAGGAUGCCGUUCGAAAUAAGAGACAAAGAUUCCAGUUUCUGGGAGAGGACAUCAAGUUGAAACCCACAGUUGGUAUUUUCAUCACACUGAACCCAGGGUACGCUGGCAGAGCGGAACUCCCCGAGAACCUGAAAGCCUUGUUUAGACCCUGUGCAAUGGUGAUUCCAGACUUUGAGCUCAUCUGUGAGAUCAUGCUGGUCGCUGAGGGUUUCCUUGAUGCACGGCAGUUAGCCCGGAAGUUCAUCAGCCUGUAUACACUGUGUCGAGAGCUGCUGUCUAAACAGGACCACUAUGACUGGGGUCUCAGGGCCAUAAAGUCUGUGCUGGUGGUGGCUGGAUCUCUGAAGAGGGAGGACAGGAGCAAGCCUGAAGAGCAGGUCCUGAUGCGGGCGCUGAGGGACUUUAACCUGCCCAAAAUCACCAGCAGUGACGUGCCCAUCUUCCUGGGCCUGAUCAGUGAUCUGUUCCCCCUGCUGGAGGUGCCGCGUAAGCGGGACCCGGGCCUGGAGCAGGCCGUCCGGCAGGCUGCGGCCCUCCUCCACCUGCAGCCCGAGGAGAACUUCAUCCUGAAGGUGACUCAGCUGGAGGAGUUGCUGGCAGUCAGACACUCCGUUUUUGUAGUGGGAAACGCAGGGACGGGGAAAAGUCAGAUAUUGAAGACCCUGCACAGAACCUAUACCAACAUGAAGCUAAAGACUGUGUGGAAUGACAUGAACCCCAAAGCUGUGACCACAGAUGAGCUCUUUGGGUACCUGCACCCCACCACUAGAGAAUGGAGGGAUGGGCUCUUUUCCUCCACCAUGAGGGAGCUCUCUAAACUGACCCACGAUGGGCCCAAAUGGAUCGUCCUGGAUGGGGACAUUGAUCCCAUGUGGAUCGAGUCACUGAACACAGUCAUGGAUGACAAUAAGGUCCUGACGCUGGCCAGUAACGAGCGGAUAUCGCUGACGCCGUCCAUGCGGCUGCUGUUCGAGAUCAGCCACCUGCGAGCCGCCACCCCGGCCACGGUGUCCCGCGCCGGCAUCCUCCACGUCAGCCCCCAGGACCUGGGCUGGGGCUCGUAUGUAACAAGCUGGAUUGAUACUCGACAGGCUCAAACAGAAAGAGCUAAUCUGACAAUAUUGUUCGAUAAGUAUGUUCCGUACUGCUUGGAGCAAGUGAGGUGUAACCUCAAAACAAUCACUCCGAUUCCGGAGAACAGUAUGGUGCAGACGCUGUGUUCCCUCCUGGACUGCCUGCUGACCCCGGAGAGCACGCCCCCUGACUCCCCCCGGGAGCUCUAUGAGCUCUACUUUGUUUUUGCCUGUGUCUGGGCCUUCGGGGGGGCCCUCUUCCAGGACCAUCUUAUUGACCACCGCUCUGAGUUCAGCCGCUGGUGGACCAAGGAAAUGAGGUCUGUGAAGUUUCCAUCCCAGGGCACGGUCUUUGACUACUUCAUCGACCCCGACACCAACAAGUUUGCUCCAUGGAGUGACAGAAUUCCUUCCUUUGAGCUAGAACCUGACAUCCCCCUGCAGACGGUGCUGGUGCAUUCUGCAGAGUCUGUCUGCCUGUCGUACUUAGUGGAUCUGCUCUUGCAGAGAGGGAAGCCGGUGAUGUUGGUGGGUAAUGCCGGCGUGGGGAAAACCAUCCUGGUGUCCGACAAAGUGGCCCAGCUGAGGGAGGACUACAUUCUGGCCAAAAUCCCCUUCAACUACUACACCACCUCCGCUAUGUUACAGCGUGUUCUUGAGAAACCUUUGGAGAAGAAAGCUGGGCGAAACUUUGGUCCUCCUGGCUCCAAGAAGCUCAUCUACUUUAUUGAUGAUUUGAACAUGCCAGAGGUAGAUGUCUAUGGUACAGUCCAGCCCCAUACUCUAAUAAGGCAGCACCUAGACUACAGCCACUGGUAUGACAGACAGAAGCUGCUUCUGAAGGAGAUUCAUAACUGCCAGUACAUCACCUGCAUGAAUCCUGCUGCCGGGAGCUUCUCUGUCAAUCCCAGACUUCAGAGGCACUUCUCUGUGUUUGCCGUCCACUUCCCCGGCGUGGAGGCUCUGACCACCAUCUACAGCAGCAUCCUGGGGGCACACUUCCAGCUGGGGGGCUUCAGCUACGGGGUCUCCCGGUCUGUGGGGUCUGUUGUCCAGGCUGCCAUAUGCUUGCACCAGAAGAUGACUCAGAACUUCCUGCCAACGGCCAUCCGCUUCCAUUACAUCUUCAACCUCAGGGACCUGUCCAACAUCUUCCAGGGGAUCCUGUUUGCUCUCCCGGAAUGUGUGCGGUACCCCAUCGAUCUGGUGCAUUUAUGGCUGCAUGAAUCCUCCCGGGUGUACUCUGACAAGCUGAUGGAGGAAAAGGAUGUGGAGCUGUUCAAUAAGAUCCUCCUGGACACAGGAAAGCGGUACUUUGAGGGCAUAGACGAGUCCAUCUUUAUCCACCAGCCGCUCAUUUACUGCCACUUUGCCCUUGGGAUGGGGGAGGCCCGCUACGUCCAGGUCUCUGACUGGGAGAAGCUGCACAAGACCCUGACUGACGCCCUGGAGCACUACAACGAGCUGCACGCAGUCAUGAACCUGGUGCUUUUCCAAGAAGCCAUGCAGCACAUAUGCCGGAUCAGUCGCAUCCUGGAGGCUCCGCAUGGGAAUGCUCUCCUGAUCGGAGUGGGAGGGAGCGGGAAGCAGAGUUUGUGUCGCCUUGCUGCCUUCAUCAGCGUUUUGGAGGUCUUCCAGAUCACCCUUCGCAAAGGAUAUGGCAUCCAUGACCUGCGGAGUGACAUCGCCGCCCUUUACCUGAAGGUGGGGGUGAAGAACAUCGGGACCGUGUUCCUGCACACAGACACCCAGAUUCCCGACGAGCGCUUCCUGGUUCUCAUUAACGACAUGCUGGCUUCAGGGGACAUCCCGGAUCUGUUCAGCGAAGAGGAGCUGGACCUGAUCACCACCUCCAUCCGCAUGGAGCUGCGUGGCCUGGGCCAGCUGGACACGCGGGAGAACUGCUGGCACUUCUUCAUCGAGCGCAUCCGCCGCCAGCUCAAGGUGGUCCUGUGCUUCUCCCCUGUGGGCUUCACUCUGCGUACGCGUGCCAGGAAGUUCCCUGCGCUGGUGAACUGCACAGCCAUCGACUGGUUCCACGCCUGGCCCCAGCAGGCCCUGCAGUCUGUCAGCAGCACCUUCAUUCACAGCCUGGAGGGAGUGGAGCCUGAAGUGAGGGGUUCUAUCAGCGAGUUCAUAUCCUACGCACACACCAGUGUGAACGAGGUGAGCACCAGGUACCAGCAGAACGAGAAGCACUUCAACUACACCACUCCGAAGAGCUUCCUGGAGUUCAUGAAGCUGUACGGAAACCUGCUGGGCGUUAAGAGGAGGGAGCUGACUCAGAAGAUGGAGCGCCUGGAGAACGGGCUCCAGAAGCUGCAGAGCACAGCCUAUCAGGUGGAGGAUCUGAAGGCAAAAUUGGCCGUACAGGAAGUGGAAUUGCACCAGAGGAACACAGACACAGAGGCGAUCAUCUCAAAGAUUGGCCAGCAGACAGAGAAGCUGAAUCAGGAGAAGGCCGUAGCAGAUUCUGAAGAGCAGAAAGUAGCAGCCAUUCAGGCCGAAGUCACAAAGCAACAGAAGGAGUCCGAGGAUGACCUAGCCAAAGCCGAGCCUGCCCUGCAGGCAGCUAACGCCGCACUCAACACCUUGAACAGGCUGAACCUGACGGAGCUGAGGACCUUUCCCAACCCUCCUGUGAUUGUGUCCAAUGUGGCCGCUGCUGUGCUGGUCCUCCUGGCCCCACAGGGCCGCAUUCCCAAAGACCGCAGCUGGAAGGCAGCCAAGGUGGUCAUGAGCAAGGUGGAUGACUUCCUGCAGGCCCUGGUGAACUUUGACAAAGAGCACAUUCCAGAAGCUACAGUGAGGGUGGUCCGGGACGAGUAUCUGAGCGAUCCUGAAUUCAACCCCGAGUUUGUGCGCCAGAAGUCCUCGGCUGCCGCAGGGUUGUGUGCCUGGGUGAUCAACAUCAUCCGCUUCCACGAGGUGUUCUGUGAGGUGGAGCUGAAGAGGCUGUGUCUGGCCCAGGCCAACGCCGACCUGAUCGAGGCUGCAGACAAGCUGGAGGUCAUCCGGAGAAAGCUGGCUGAGCUGGAUAACAGUCUAGACACUCUGAAGGCAGCCUUUGAGAAAGCCACAUCUGAAAAGCUGCGGUGUCAGGAUGAGGUGAACAGGACUAAUAAGACCAUUGAGCUGGCCAACCGGCUGGUGAAGGGCCUGGAGUCAGAGAAUGUGCGCUGGGCCCACUCUGUGGCUCAGUACCAUGAGCAGGAGAAGACUAUUUGCGGGGACGUCCUCCUCACCUCGGCCUUCAUCUCCUACGCUGGCUCCUUCUCCAAGAAGUACCGUCACGAGCUGGUGGAGGGCCUCUGGAUGCCCUUCCUCCGUAGCCAGAAGAUUCCCAUUCCGAUGACAGAGGGCCUGGAGCCUGUGGGAAUGCUGACAGAUGAUGCCACCAUUGCCAAAUGGAAUAACGAGGGCCUGCCCAGCGACAGGAUGUCCACACAGAAUGCCACCAUCCUCACCAGCUGCGAGCGCUGGCCCCUUCUCAUUGACCCCCAACUGCAGGGCAUCAAGUGGAUAAAGAGUCGCUAUGGUGCCCAACUCAAGGUCAUCAACCUGGGGCAGAAAGGAUAUGUAGAUGUUAUUGAGCAAGCAGUUGUUUCCGGACACCCCGUAUUAAUUGAAAACCUGGAGGAAACGAUCGACCCAGUGAUUGAUCCUCUUUUAGGGAGGCACACCAUAAAGAAGGGGAGGUUCAUAAAGGUGGGAGAUAAGGAAUGCUACUUCCACCCAGCCUUCCGGCUCAUCCUGCAUACCAAGCUAGCCAACCCGCACUACAAGCCCGAAAUCCAGGCGCAGACCACCCUCAUCAACUUCACAGUGACCCGGGACGGCCUGGAGGACCAGCUCCUAGCUGAGGUAGUGAACCUGGAAAGGCCAGACCUGGAGCAUCUGAAGUCAGAUUUGACCAAGCAGCAGAACUACUUCAAGAUCGAGCUGAAACAGCUGGAGGAUGAGCUCCUUACUCGUCUCUCUGCUGCCGAGAGCAACUUCCUGGGGGACAACCUGCUGGUGGAGAAGCUGGAGACCACCAAGCACACUGCUGCUGAGAUCGAGAUGAAGGUUCUGGAGGCAAAAGUUAAUGAAGUGAAAAUUAACGAAGCCCGCGAGCAUUACCGCCCUGUGGCCACAAGGGCAUCGCUGCUCUACUUCAUCAUGAACGAUCUCAAUAAGAUAAAUCCCAUGUACCAGUUCUCCCUGAAGGCCUUUAACGUGGUGUUUCACAAUGCUGUGCGCCUGGCUGAGCUCUCAGAACAUGUCCAGACCAGAGUGAACAUCCUCAUUGACAUCAUCACCUUCUCCACCUUCAACUACAUCAGCCGGGGCCUGUUUGAGAGGGAUAAGCUUACCUUCAGUGCCCAGUUGGCCUUCCAGCUUCUGCUCAUGAGCAAGGAGAUCGAUGUCAGAGAGCUGGACUUUCUGCUCCGGUUCAACAUUGAUCACAGCUACAUCAGCCCUCUCGACUUCCUGUCCAACUCAGCAUGGAGCGCCAUUAAGACCAUGAGCUUCACAGAUGAGUUCCGGGGCCUGGACAGGGACAUCGAGGGCUCCCCCAAGCGCUGGAAGAAGGUGGUGGAGUCUGAGUGUCCAGAGAAGGAGAAGUUUCCACAGGAGUGGAAGAGUAAGAGCUCCCUGCAGAAGCUCAUCAUGAUGCGGGCCCUCCGGCCUGAUAGAAUGACAUAUGCUCUCAGGAACUUUGUAGAGGAGAAGCUGGGAGUGCAAUACACUGAAGGGCGCAAGACGGAAUUUGCCAAGUCGUUCAGGGAGAGCGGUCCCGCCUCCGCGGUGUUCUUCAUCCUGUCCCCGGGGGUAGAUCCCCUCAAAGACGUGGAGUCUCUGGGUCGGAAGCUGGGCUUCACCAUCGACCUGGGGAAGCUGCACAACGUGUCUCUGGGCCAGGGCCAGGAGGCCGUGGCUGAGGCAGCCAUGGAGGAGGCGUCGAAGGAGGGGCACUGGGUGAUUCUGCAGAACAUCCACCUGGUGGCGAAAUGGCUGGGCAGCCUGGAGAGUCUGCUGGAGCGCUGCAGUGAAGGCAGCCAUGGCGACUACCGCGUGUUCAUGAGCGCCGAGCCAGCCGCUACGCCUCAGGAGCACAUCAUUCCCCAGGGCAUCCUGGAGAACGCCAUCAAGAUCACCAACGAGCCGCCCACGGGCAUGCUGGCCAACCUGCAUGCAGCGCUCGACAACUUUGAUCAGGAUAUUCUGGAUCAGUGCUCCCGGGAACAGGAAUUCAAGACUAUCCUGUUUUCCCUCUGCUACUUCCAUGCCUGUGUGGCUGAGAGGCGGAAAUUUGGGCCACAGGGAUGGAACAGGAAGUACCCCUUCAACACCGGUGACCUCACCAUAUCUGUCAAUGUUCUCUACAACUACCUGGAGGCAAACUCGCAGGUGCCCUGGGAGGAUCUGCGCUACCUGUUUGGGGAGAUCAUGUACGGGGGUCACAUCACUGACGACUGGGACAGGAGGCUGUGCCGCACUUACCUGGAGGAGUACAUGCAGCCCAACCAGUUUGACAGGAAACUGGCUCUGGCUCCUGGUUUUGUCGUUCCAUCCAACCUGGAUUACCAGGGUUACCAUGGCUACAUUGAUGAGAUGCUUCCUCACGAGAGCCCAGUGCAUUAUGGCCUGCACCCCAAUGCAGAGAUCGAGUUCCUCACGGUGACCUCGGACAGCCUGUUUCACACCCUGCUGGAGCUCCAGUCCAGAGACUCCGUGAUGGGGGAGGGAGCGACUCAGACCGUGGAGGAAAAGGUAAAAACAAUCCUGGAUGAUAUUCUGGAGAAGUUGCCGGAAGAGUACAACAUGUCCGACAUCACCUCCAAGACGGCAGAGCGAUCGUCGUACAUCCUGGUGUGCUUCCAGGAGUGUGAGCGAAUGAACAUGCUGGUCUGCGAGAUCCGCCGCUCUCUCAGAGAGCUGGACCUGGGCCUGAAGGGCGAGUUGGCGAUUUCCUCUGAGAUGGAGGACCUGCAGACAGCGCUCUUCUUCGAUAACGUCCCGCACACCUGGACCAAGCUGGCGUAUCCGUCCGUUCUGGGCCUGGCUCAGUGGUACAGCGAUGUGCUGCAGCGCUGCAGGGAGCUGGACAGCUGGACGCAGGACCUGGCACUGCCUAGCGUGGUGUGGCUGUCAGGGCUCUUCAACCCGCAGUCCUUCCUCACAGCUGUGAUGCAGAGUCUGGCCAGGAAGAACGAAUGGCCUCUUGACAAAAUGAACCUGACAGUCGAUGUCACUAAAAAAUUCAAGGAAGAUUUCAACCAGCCGGCGAGAGAGGGGGCGUAUGUGUAUGGGCUUUUUAUGGAAGGGGCCAGAUGGGACAUCCAGGGAGGGAAUAUCGCAGAGGCCCGGCUGAAGGAGCUCACUCCCAGUAUGCCCGUCAUCUUCAUACGGGCCGUCCCCAACGACCGCCAGGAGACCCGCAACAUCUACGAGUGCCCCGUCUACAAGACCAAGCAGCGCGGCUCCACCUACAUGUGGACCUUCCCUCUGAAAACCAAGGAGCGGCCUGCCAAAUGGGUGCUGGCAGGCGUGGCUCUACUGCUGAGUGUGUGA